AUGAACCCCACGAAUGUAGCAGACACCACCCUGGAUGAAAGCAUAUAUAACAAUUACUAUCUCUAUGAAAGUAUCCCCAAACCCUGCUCCAAAGAAGGCAUCAAGGCAUUUGGGGAGCUCUUCCUGCCCCCCCUUUACUGCUUGGUCUUUCUGUUUGGUCUGCUUGGAAACUCCGUGGUGGUUCUGGUCCUGUUCAAAUAUAAGCGGCUCAAGUCCAUGACCGAUGUGUACCUGCUCAACCUUGCCAUCUCGGAUCUGCUCUUCGUGCUCUCCCUCCCUUUCUGGGGCUACUAUGCUGCAGAUCAGUGGGUUUUUGGACUAGGUCUGUGCAAGAUCAUUUCUUGGAUGUACUUGGUGGGCUUCUACAGUGGCAUAUUCUUCAUCAUGCUCAUGAGCAUCGAUAGGUACCUGGCAAUUGUGCAUGCGGUGUUUUCCUUGAGAGCGAGGACCUUGACUUAUGGAGUCAUCACCAGCCUGGCUACAUGGUCAGUGGCUGUAUUUGCCUCCCUUCCAGGCUUUUUGUUCAGCACUUGUUAUACCGAGCGCAACUAUACCUACUGCAAAACCAAGUAUUCUCUGAACUCCACGACGUGGAAGGUUCUAAGCUCCCUGGAGAUCAACAUUCUAGGAUUGGUGAUCCCCUUGGGGAUCAUGCUGUUUUGCUACUCCAUGAUCAUCAGGACCUUGCAGCACUGUAAAAACGAGAAGAAGAACAAGGCGGUGAAGAUGAUCUUUGCCGUGGUGGUCCUCUUCCUUGGGUUCUGGACGCCUUACAACAUAGUGCUCUUCCUGGAGACCCUGGUGGAGCUAGAAGUCAUUCAGGACUGCACCAUUGAGAGAUACCUGGAUUAUGCUAUCCAGGCUACAGAAACUCUGGCUUUUGUUCACUGCUGCCUUAAUCCAGUCAUCUACUUUUUUCUGGGGGAGAAAUUUCGCAAGUACAUCAUACAGCUCUUCAAAACCUGUAGGGGCCCUUUUGUGCUCUGCCAGUACUGUGGGCUCCUUCAAAUUUACUCCGCCGACACCUCCAGCUCAUCUUAUACACAGUCCACUGUGGAUCACGAUCUCCAUGAUGCUCUGUAA